UUUCACGCGACAUUACACCGGCUGCUUUUUAUUUUAGGUAGCAUAAUACACAAGCCGGUGAUUUCACUCAUUGUAAAUUUUUCCAUUUUCACAAGAUUUUUUUGCAUCCAAUAACCAAUAAACUGUAUUUUACCGUGGGAUCUCCUGUUGAAAGUUAAAAAUACAAUAAGUGAUCUAACAAUGGCAAACUGGGCAGUUAUCGGUUCAGUAAUCCUGCCCAACACCGGAGGCUGGCUCAACGGCCUGUACUUCGCUGGGCAGGUCCGGAAAGACAAUGAGAAGUCCUGGUAUGAUGACCUGAAGAAACCCUCCUGGACGCCCCCCAAGUGGGUGUUCGGCCCCGCCUGGACAGUUCUGUACAGUGGGAUGGGUUACGCAUCGUAUUUGGUGUAUGAGGAAUGCGGUGGAUUUACUGAGGAAGCAAUCCUGCCUCUUUCUCUAUACGGUGGUCAGCUCCUCCUCAACUGGGCGUGGACUCCCAUCUUCUUUGGCCUCAAGGAUUUCAAGUUGGCUUUCAUAGAAAUCGCAGUGCUGAGUGGUGCGGCGGUAGCAACCACCGCCAGUUUCAUGCAGGUCAAUAAAACGGCUGGAUCACUGUUGCUGCCAUACCUCGCUUGGCUGGCAUACGCUAGCUCACUGUCCUUCUACAUAUGGAAGAACAACCCCAAGAUUGAAGACAAGAAGCAAUAGAGAGAUGCAGUACAACGAAAGCACAAGAUAUUUCACUACGUAAUUUUAUACACACAAUUAAUUAAUCAAAAUAUUUUUUAAUAUAGUAUAAGAGCAAGCGACAUAAUUACGAGUAAGAUUCAUAUGAAAGGUUGUUGGGUGUUAUUGAACAAAGCUUCGUGUUGUACAAGCUUUUAUUAUUAUUAUUUUUUUUUGUUUUUUGAUAGAUUUGUUGCAAUAUUUCUGUUUGUGGUUUAUGAAAUUUGUUGAUAUAUUGUAGUAACUGCCAGUUGUAAUUAAAUUGAAUUGAAAAAUUAGAGAAGUUUAUAUUUUUGUUUAGAACGUUUUUUCAAUACCAAAACUUAAUUAAGAACAAAAUAUUUGUAAUUAAAUGUUUAGUAGGGUGUAGAUGUUUACGAAUAAGUAUUAAAGUGUCCUUGUUUCUAACGAAAAACAAUAAAUAAUUAUGUAUUUUAUGGGCA